GUUUUCCGGGAAAUUGAAGCCAAAUGCACACGCUCUCUUCAGAGUUGGUGGGGACAAGAGGCGGCUGGUAUACUGUCCGCCCUGGCCGGAUCUUCAGCUCCGGUAGAUACGGACGUUCUGUACUCAUCCCUCGCUGACAAAGAGUCGUUCCGUCUGAAUAACAAAGUUGCCGAAAGUGGCCUGGAUCGUACCCGUGACGAGCUGUGCUAUUUUCGACAAGUAAGUCAUCAAAUGUACUGUUUUUCUAUCCGUUCUUACUAUGACCACUAUCAGUCGGUUUGA